AUGUUGACUCUAUAUAGAGGGGUCGACGAGGAUGAUCGCGAUGAGGAACUACUAGAUGAGGAGCUACUCGAUGAGGAGCUACUCGAUGAAGAGCUACUCGAUGAGGAGCUGCUCGAUGAGGAGCUGCUGGAACGGGAGGAGCUCGAGCUAGACGAGGUCGAGCUGGACGAGGUCGAGCUGGACGAGGUCGAGCUUGUCGUUGUUCGCCGGAUGGUAGUGGAGCUGGAGGAGCUAGAUGAGCUCGAACUUGUCGUAAUGAUUGCGGGAGCGGUACUGGGACUAGAACUUGUAAGGUUGGACGAUGUCUGUUGCGCUGUGGAGGAUAGAAUCAGGCUGGUUCUCGAUUGGGCUGAUGAAGACAAGCUGGAGGGACUCGAUAUUGUGGGUCCUUCGGAAGACGUUGACUCGGUGGACGUACUUGUCGGCUGUUCGGACGUGGAUUCGGAGCUUGUACUCGUGGGUCUUUCAGUCGAUGUGAAUACGAAGCUGCUUCCGGUAGGUUCUUCGGAAGACGUUGACUCGGAGCCAGUACUUGUAGCCGCCUCUGAAGAAGAUGACUCCGUGGUACUGCUAAUACUAGUCGUUAGCGGUUCUGGAGAUGUAGGCUCUGAAUUCGUGCUUGUUGGCUCUGAAGUCGACGAGGACUCGGAACCGGCGCUUGUAGACUCUUCGGAGGACGUUGACUCGGAGAUUGUACUCGUGGGACCUUCGGAGCUAGUAUUUGUUGGCUCCUCGAACGAACUGGACUCCAGGCUCGUACUUGUAGGCUCCCCGGACGACGAAGAUUCAGAGCUACUUGUUGUCUGUUCAGUACUACUCGCUGAGGAAUCACUCCAAAAAGAGUCGAUCGAAACAAGACUUCUUGACGAGGACGGACUCGUUGUGGUUAUCUCGGCUGUAGACGAAGAGAUUGUAGAGCUGGGCAAUACAUCACUGCUUGUCGCCAUAAUUGACUCAGGUGCCGUAAUGAUGGACGGUGAACUCUGGGCCAACAAGCUCUCAUCACUACUUGUUUCCAUGGUUGACUCGGACUCUAUGCUGGGAGGCAGCGAACUGAGAAUGGACGAGGUUAAGCCACCACUCGUCUCGAUACUUGACAGAGAUUCGGUUUCAGAAAACGAUAAAUUCAGAGACGAGGUUAAGCCACUACUCAUCUCAGUGCUUGACAGAGAUUCGGUUUCGGGGGACAAGGAAGUGAGGGAUGGGGUUAAACCACCAUUCGUCUCACUACUUGACGGAGAUUCUGUUUCGGGAGACGUUGAAGUGAGCACGGACGAGCUCACGUCAUUGGUACUUGGAAAGAGAUCAUCGCUUGUGGAGGUGCUCAAGACAUCUGGACCCGAUGAAGAUACAACGCUGCUAGAUGAGUCGAUGACAUCGAUUGGCGUGAUAUAG